AUGCCCCGUGCCUUCCUGGUCAGGAGUCGGCGCCCGCAGCCACCCAACUGGGGCCACCUGCCUGACCAGCUCCGGGGAGACGCCUACAUCCCAGACUGCAGCAGCCUAGGGGGGCCACCAGCAUGCCGGUCUCCUGGCCUCAGGGACUCUUCUUGGGCAGCGCCCGCACAGGGCACCCUGGCCUCUGCUCCUAGGGGCCCUGGGACACUUGGCUGCCCGCUCUGUCCCAAGGCCUUCCCGUUGCAGCGCAUGCUGACGCGGCACCUCAAGUGCCACAGCCCAGCACGCCGCCACGUGUGCCGCUGUUGUGGCAAGGGCUUUCAUGAUGCUUUCGAUCUCAAGCGUCAUAUGAGGACUCACACUGGAAUCCGGCCUUUCCGCUGCGGAGCUUGCGGGAAAGCAUUUACGCAGCGCUGCUCCCUUGAAGCGCAUCUUGCUAAGGUGCAUGGGCAGCCAGCCAGCUACGCUUACCGUGAGCGCCGCGAGAAGCUGCAUGUGUGCGAGGACUGCGGCUUCACUAGCUCGAGGCCCGACGCCUAUGCACAGCACCGGGCCCUGCACCGCGCUGCAUGA